CACUUCCUAGGCGAGGAAUCCUACUCGGCCGGCUCAUCUCGGGACUACCUCGUCACCUCCGCCCCGACCUGGGUCGUCGACCCCCUUGACGGCACCGUCAACUUUACGCGUCUGUUCCGCCGUCUUUUGCGUCUCCGUCGCCUUCUUUUCUGGGCGGCCGGCCCGUGACAAGUGUUGUUUAUGUUUCGUUCCCUCUCGCAGUUGUUUCGCGCCUAUGUGGGUCGUGGCGCCUGGUUAGACGGCGGGCAUGCGCUGGGUGGUGGUCUGUUGCGUUUACCUCUCGUGAGGGAUCCCGUGCCGCCGUUGCCAGCGGGGGCGCCCAAGGGUUGUGUCUUCUCUUGCGAGUGGGGGAAGGGUAGAAGAGACGGGUCUCAUGGGAUUUUGCAGCGCAAGGGUGAGAGUUUUGUGAAUAUGGCGACUAAGAUUGAGGGGCCGGAAUGGAAAAGGGGGGAUGGUGCAUGGGAUGAGGAGCUUGAGGGAGGAAAGUCAUCCUUGGUCCUUGCUGUUCUUUGCUUUUAUGUUUGGGGGGAGAUGACUGACGUGGCAUACUAAACGCGACUAUGGAUUUGGCACACACAGCCAUGGGAUCGUUGGAUAUCUGGUGGGAAGGGGGUUGCUGGGAAUGACCGGCGGGUGAUUCUGGGACAGAGACUGGGCGACAGG